AUGACAGCACAAAUAAAGACAAAUCUCUUCCUGGUUGAAGCUAUGACAUUCGUGACUCAACUGAAACUUAUCAUUAAAACAUCACGAAAUGGAGUCAAAAACUGGAAACACAUUCCUAUAUCUCAUGUUGUUACGUUUAUAAGACGAUUUCGACGAUUCGUACGUAUAGGUACCGCUAUAGUGUUAUUGGCCCUGUGGCUGACUGCUACUUACAAUGUAAAAGCCAUUUUGGAGUCAACGUUUCAUUGUCACUGCUUACCAAAGGUUGAACAAGGACGAUUGAAUAAUAAAUCCUGUAGACUGAAUGCAUCAGGUCAAAGUGACAUCGUUGGAACCAACGUACCAACAGGAUAUAAAGGCGAACUAUACCAGAUUGCAAUAUACAGACUCACUAACGACAUACUGAACAUAAAUGCUGAUACACUAGACGCAUGUCUGUUGAAUAGUACCACCCACAUCAGCACGCAUCCUUGUGACGGAACAGACAGUUCAAAGCGAACAUGGACAAAUGCCAUCAUUAAUGGUCUGCCUUCCAAUGAUGGAAAUCAAUUACAGUGGACGCGCUUUAUACGGCGGAGGAUCAUCCGGUGGACUCAGGGGCACGUCCUUGAUUUGAAUACGUCAGCAUGUGUCAGUGUGAGGAAAUUAUCUAAUGAGCAGGAAUAUGAAAUACUUCUACGACCAUGUAAUGACAAACUUCCUUACAUUUGUCUGGAGGGGAACGACAAGAAUACUCACAAAAUGAUGACGUCAUCACUGAAAACAAGUCCAUCAUUGCCAUCAAAACCGCCAGAAAAUACAAUAUCAUCUAUUGGAGGUAUGCCAGUCUAUUCCAAAACGAGUCAUUUUUCUGUUUCAUCUUCUUUUUCUUUCUUCCUUUCAAUAUGUGAAGAGUUCAAAUGAUCCUUAUCACUCAAAGCACAACACACUAACCACAUGAUGACGACAUCACUGUUUCAUCAACAUUAUUUCGUAAAAUACAAAUUUUCGUGUCAGCGGCCGUGAAUUUAAUAUCUUUGAACAUGUUAUUUUCAUUAAGUCAACACAAAUUGAUCCUAACAACUAUUGAUAAAACAUGUUAGAACCAUUUUAACAAGAGCUUGGACUUUGGGUAGUUGAGUCAAACGGCAAUAUGACGUA